AUGGACUACACUAUUGACGUAAAUAAGUAUAACUUGGACCUUAGUGGAAUAACAUCGUUAGUGUUUGAAGUAAAGAGAUGUGGUCGAACACAUGUUCUUCUGUCAAGUUCUGAUGUCAGAAACUCGGCAGAACCAAUGUAUGAGAUUGAUAUUGGAUAUAAUAAUUAUGACACCUUCAUCAUCUAUCGCUCUGACGAUUCAUUAGAUCAUGAAAGCAGGAAAUAUGUUAACUUUCCGACUCCUGAUAUAUUUAACUGUACGAUGUACUAUCCAUUCUGGAUUAGUUGGAAAGAGGGAGACAUUAAAUUAGGAUCUGGGAUUGUCAUUGAUGAUAACAUAUUGGGAUACUUGACAAAUGCACCUCAGUUUGAAGUGAAAGCUAUUGGAGUAUUAACAGACUAUGGUGAGUUAGGAAGUUGGAGAAUACAAUUUGAAGGUAAUUUUGAGGCAUUAAAUAUAUAG